AUGGCAGACAGCGACAGAGAGCUUCUUUUGACAUCAGAAAGAGGAGUGACAAAUAUACCUUCAGUCAGGGUUCAGUCACUUGACUUAAGUAACAAUCGCCUAAAGAGCUUGGAUGGUUUUAAGGACCUUGCAAAGGAAACAUCAAACUUAAAGCAUAUCAAGAUCUCCAAUAAUCAAUUAAGAGCUGUAGAAGAACUGGACAAGAUAAAGUCCUUGAGUCAGCUCCAAACCAUUGCACUUGAUGGCAAUCCUCUUUGCGAUAUAUUUCAAGACAAACAAAGUUCAUAUACCAGUGCUAUCAGAAGCAGGUUUCCUAAAGUAACCAGUCUGUCUGAUGCUGUUCCUAAUUAA